CUAUUCGAUCCCCGAAACCCAAAGUCUCAUCAACUAUCCUAGUCUCUCCCUCACACGCACAGUUGCCACUGAUUAUUUUCCCUUUUCCCUCAUAAACCCUAAACCCUAAUAACACUCCCAAAACCCUUUCCUCAAAUUUUCUCUCCGAUUUCACAAUCAGUCGAAAAAAAGUUGAAUAAAUCGAGGAAGAGGAACAGGAGGAGAAAGGGGAAAAAUGGGUAGUCUUUUUCUACUGAAGAAAUCUGCUUCUUCUUUAUCAUUUUCCUCACAGCUUCGCAGGAGAUUCCCUAUUUCUGCCUUGUCCCAUCUCUUGGCGUCCGGUUCUUUUGAUUCUGGUCCGAGGGAAAGUCGCUUUGGGGGCUGCCGAGCUCAAAAUUUUACUACAAAAAGCUAUGACCUGCCUGCGCUGGAAGACCGGCCCAGAUGGAUAACGGCUCGCGGGUUUCACUCGGGUCGGCCUUCGUUGUUCUCUGCGGGGUUUGCUGUUGAAGAUUUCUCGGAUGAUGAUAAGAGAGGGAAUCAAGGUAGUGGUGUUGCUGAUGAUGGGCUCGACAUUUCGAAGCUAGGGAUAGAAAACGACAUCGUUUCUGCCCUUGCGAGGAAAGGGAUCACAAAGCUCUUUCCUAUUCAGAGAGCUGUUUUGGAGCCAGCAAUGAAAGGACGUGACAUGAUCGGUCGUGCCAAGACAGGAACAGGGAAGACCCUUGCCUUUGGGAUCCCUAUUUUAGAUAAAAUAAUUCGAUUCAAUGCAAAGCAUGGUCGUGGGAGGAAUCCUCUAGCACUAGUCUUGGCUCCUACCCGAGAACUUGCUCGCCAAGUGGACAAGGAGUUUUAUGAGUCUGCUCCUAGCCUGGACACUCUCUGUGUUUAUGGUGGUACACCCAUCAUGAGGCAAAUGAGUACGCUUGACCGUGGUGUUGAUAUUGUGGUGGGAACCCCAGGCAGAGUGAUUGAUCUGAUAAAAAGAGGCUCUUUGAAUCUUUCCGAGGUUAGAUUUGUGGUUCUUGAUGAAGCCGAUCAGAUGCUUAAUGUGGGUUUUGCUGAUGAUGUUGAGACAAUCUUAGAGAAUAUUCGGCAAGAACAUCAGACCAUGAUGUUUUCCGCUACGAUGCCUGGUUGGAUAAUGAAACUCACUCAGAAGUUCUUAAAGAAUCCAGUGCACAUUGAUCUUGUAGGGGACAAUGACCAGAAAUUAGCUGAAGGGAUCUCAUUGUAUGCAAUUGCAUCGGAGAACAACCAGAAAGCAGCUGUUGUUGGUUCUCUUAUAACAGAACAUGCGAACGGUGGAAAGUGCAUUGUUUUUACCCAAACAAAAAGGGAUGCCGAUCGAUUGGCCUAUGCUAUGCAAAAAAGCUUUAAAUGUGAAGCUCUGCAUGGAGACAUCUCUCAGAAUCAGAGGGAAAGAACUUUAUCGUCAUUCCGAGAUGGUCGUGUUAAUGUACUUGUGGCCACUGACGUAGCUGCACGAGGCCUGGAUGUUCCUAAUGUAGAUUUGGUAAUUCAUUUUGAGCUUCCAACCACAUCAGAGAUAUUUGUGCAUCGAUCUGGUCGAACUGGGCGUGCUGGAAAGAAAGGAACUGCUAUUCUUAUGUAUACAUCAAACGAAUAUAGGGAUGUGAAGACUAUUGAACGAGACAUAGGUUGCAGAUUUACAGAGCUUCCAAAAAUUUCCGUACAAGGUGGAUCGAUAGAAAUGUUUGAUGACUUUGGACGACGUGGUGGACUUGGUUCUUUCGGAGGUGGUCGCGGUUCAGGUGCUGGUCGCUAUUCAGGACCUGGUAACUCAGGGGGUGGUCGUUUUGGUGGUGGUUCUUCGUUUGGGCGAUCUGGUGGGUAUGCUUCUCGUGGUGGCUUUGGUGACAUGGGAGGUUCAGAUCGUGGAGGUGGCUUUGGAAAAUUCAAUAGAGCUUCUGAUCGUGGAGGGAAUUCAGAUCGUUCAGGCGGUUUUGGAAGUUUUGGCAAUUCAAGUCGUUCAGGCGGUUUUGGGGACUUUGGAUCUGGUCGUUUUAGCGGGUUUGGCAAUACCAAUUCAGCUCCAGAUUCUAACUCUGGUGGCAGCUUCGGCUUCUCCAGAGGUGGGAGCAAAUGACCGUGAUGAGAAUCCGGGUAGAAAACUUUUUUAAAAUCGAUAAAUGUGGUAAUUGUGUUACCUAUUAUUCCCCAGCUCCCAACUCCAUCCAAGUAAGUAGUAGUUCUAGAGGCAUAAGAAAUAAUAGUUUAUAUACGUUUUUUACUUAUUUAUACGAGUGUAUAUGUUCUCUUAUUAGUAAUCCUUGUCUUUGAGUUCGACCCUCUAAUAUUAAUUUAGUUUGCUUUCCAAAAAUUCUAUCCAUAUUAUUUUCAUCAGCAACACGUAGUGCGUUUCAUCGCUUGAUGUAUUUCCGCUUGUAAAUUGUAUCCUCUAUAUCUUACAAAUUUUAAAAUUCAAUGUGGAUUGUUUUUUAGGACGAAGAAAGACUAAUCAUAGAAGUAUUUUUAAUUUCGAA